AAAAUGAAGAACUUCCCUCACAGACAGGAAACCCUUGAACUUGAAAGUGUUUGAAGCACCAGCAAAGAGAAUUAACGUUUCAUUGAAGAUGGAAAUUGGUUCUGAGUUGGAAAAAUCAAAUGUUAAAGCCCCAGAGGAAGGCACUUCAAUGCAAAUGGAUUCCCAGGAAUCCUUGGAAACAAAGGGAGACACUGAUGAAAAAGAGAAGCUUGCUGAUUCUAUGGACAAAUUAAACAUUGAGUCAUCUUCAAGCGGUUUCAAGAGAAAACCAGUUAUUAUUAUUGUUGUUGGGAUGGCAGGGAGUGGGAAGACAACAUUCCUUCAUAGGCUGGUUUGCCACACUCAAGCUUCGAAUAUUAGGGGUUAUGUGAUGAACCUUGACCCUGCUGUAAUGACCCUUCCAUUUGGUGCUAACAUUGAUAUAAGAGACACGGUUAAAUACAAAGAAGUGAUGAAGCAGUUCAAUCUUGGACCUAAUGGAGGAAUCCUUACAUCUCUCAACUUGUUUGCCACCAAGUUUGAUGAGGUUAUUUCAGUGAUUGAGAGGCGAGCAGAUCAACUUGACUAUGUUCUUGUGGAUACUCCUGGGCAGAUUGAGAUUUUUACUUGGUCUGCUUCAGGAGCUAUCAUUACAGAAGCAUUUGCUUCAACUUUUCCUACUGUUGUCACUUAUGUAGUGGAUACACCUCGUUCAGCAAGUCCAGUUACCUUUAUGAGCAACAUGCUUUAUGCUUGUAGCAUCCUUUACAAGUCACGGUUGCCUCUUGUAUUAGCAUUCAACAAGACUGAUGUUGCACAACAUCAGUUUGCUUUGGAGUGGAUGGAAGAUUUUGAGGCAUUUCAAGCAGCAAUAAGUUCAGAUACUUCAUACUCGUCAACUCUAACUCAGAGCCUCUCCCUCUCUCUUGAUGAAUUUUAUAAGAAUUUACGAUCUGUUGGAGUGUCUGCAAUUUCCGGUGCUGGAAUGGAUGAAUUCUUUAAAGCUAUUGAAGCUAGUGCAGAGGAAUAUAUGGAAAAUUAUAAGGCUGAUCUUGACAAGAGACGAGCAGAAAAACAACGUCUAGAGGAAGAACGCAGGAAAGAGAGCAUGGAUAAGUUGAGGAGGGAUAUGGAACAAUCCAGGGGUGAAACUGUUGUCUUGAGUACCGGUUUGAAGGACAAAGAUGGAAGAAGAAGGACGAUGAUGGAUCCAGAAGAUGAAUUAGAAGAACAAGAAGAGGAAGAUGAUGACUAUGAGAGGUUCACUGAAGAAGAGGAAGAUCUUAUAGACGAGGAUGAAGACGAAGAAAUUGCCAGGUUCUCCUUCUAACAAAUGUUUAGCACUGGCAGGUUUAGCAGCACAAAAAGGUUUCAUGAUGGCAGUAAAUUCUCUUAAACUAAACUUUGUUCAGUAUUGACUGAACUAUUGAGCAUUUUUGGAUGAAAGUUGUAGUUAUUGUGUUUAAGUUAGUGUUAUCCCCUGUCAAAAGAAGAAGAAAUAGUACCAUUGCUUGCAAGUGCUUUGUAUAGUUUAAUUAAUCACAAGAACCUUAGCAUAAGUGUUAGCUUUAUCAUCUGAUCUAACUUAAUAAAUAGGGGUUGCAGAUC